GAACAGGAAUCGUUUUAUAACUCAUUAGAAAAAAGUUGAAGGUAGUGAAUGAUGUUUGAGUUUUAGGCGGGCCAAAUGAGUAGAUAUUUUGCGUUUAAAAUGCAAAUUGCUUAGUGGUAGGAGGAGGAAGAAGAAGAGGAAAGGAGGGUUCGUAGUAGAUGUGGAAAGAUUAUGGCGGUGGAUACGAAUUUCGCAUUGUUGUUUGAGAAGCUGAAGGUGGAAGAUCCAUGGCUUCCUCCGAGGACUUGGGAAUCCAUCCCUUCCGAAAGCGGACGCCGAGGAUCACUCUCUUCUUCCCUGUUCUCCUCUUCCUCUCAGCCUCUCUACGACGCCUCCGUCGUCUCCGAGGGAAGUUUGGUGAGGUUGGCAAUGUUUGCACUGCAAGGUGUACAAUCAGCACUUAUUAGUAUCAAAAAGCUUUCUGCUGCCUUUUGUUCUGAACCAGCUGAUAGGACCAUCCAUCGAAUUCCAAGUCUGUGGAACCGGUCUUCAAGCACUCAUGCUUUGGGAAAGAUUCUGAGCUCCAUAGGCUGCUCGGGUUCUAUAGUUUUUCUUCUCCAUAACUUUGUAGAGUAUUUUACUAAAUCAAAAUUGGAUGAGAGUUCGAUGGGAAAGAGGGGUGAAAAUUCUGAACCCCCAGAAAGUCAAAAUCAUCAUGACAACAAUUGUCCUCCAUACGGUCUUGUUAAUCAUGCAUUUGCUGUUGCUGUUGGGAAGGUUUUACAGGGGUACUUGUGCGCACUGGACACAUUAUAUGCAUCAGUAGGUUUCAGGCGAUCAUCACGGGGUGUUGGCAUGCCUUUUCACGAAUCUUCUGUGGUAGGAUGUUUGACUAGUGUAGCGCAUUCUGAAAUUACGCUAUUGGAGUUGUACCUGCACACGAAGGAAUUGAGGAUUCAGAUUGAGGCUCUUGGAAAUAUUUGCAACCUACGUAAUGUAGCCCGUUGCUUCUCGGCAUCAUCUUUUGAAGAUUUAAUUGCUAAAGCAACCUUUGAAUUUUGUAACUUCUGCAGAGGAGGGGAUUUACUCACUUAUUUGUAUAAACUACUACAGGUUGCUGAUCCUGCUCACCAUGCUGUACUCAAGUUUCUCUUUCUUCGGUCAUGUGAACCAUACUGUGGGUUUAUCAGAUCCUGGAUAUUCAAAGCUGAGAUUAGUGAUCCUUAUAAGGAGUUUAUAGUAGAGCAUGCUAACAAUCAACUGCCUAAUCCACAUGGUAAAGCUGGCAUAUCUGUUGACUUCCCAUUGCCAAGUAUCAGGGAGCGAGAUGGAGUUGCUAUUCCUUGUUUUCUAAAGGACUUCUUGAAUCCACUUGUCAGAGCUGGUCAGCAGCUGCAAGUGAUAAUGAAAUUGCUUGAAUUAUAUAUUUAUGUUGCCACUGGGGACAAUACUUAUGAGGAUUUUCUUCCAUGCUGGAGUGGUUUUUCGAGCAUUUAUCCAUCAUAUGCAUCUCCAGUGACUUUCAGCAAAGUAAAUAUAGAAGCGAUGGUACUGGCGAGAGACAGUUACUACAAAAUGAUGCAAAAGAAACUCGAAUAUCUUUUGACAAAAUUAGAGUUUAGAUAUGAACAGGUAGUUCCACGUUGCACUGAAUCUGUGUACUUUGAUAAUGAUAGAGGGUGUGCAAACAAUCCAGUUUCAUUCACGUUGGAUGACAGAUUGGUAUCUCCUUCAGCAGCAGAUAAAAGAAGCUCAAAUGUUGCUUUUAGUAAUGUGAACAGUGAUGACUCAAGUUCAAUGGAUGAAUUCUCUUAUGUGAUGGAUACAUACGAGUUGUCUGAAUGUUCUUCCACAAACAGCUCUGAAGAGCAAAUUGAGCCCGAGCAAUUGAUUGAGCCUCCUAAUCAUAUGGCUGGGCUUGAAACUAAGUAUUUAUCUACUUUAACCUUCUCUACGAGCACUUCAAUGGAUAUUUCUUUGCAAAACCCUCGUGAAUUUAAAAAGCCAUGUCAUAUAGCAAGUGAUUCACAUGGAACUCAUGAAAUAACAGACUGCCUUUGUCAUGAUGUGCAUUUAAGUAAUGAUUCUAUGCUGCUUGAAUCAAGGGAGUCUUGGACGUCUGAUAUUCAACAUACAGAUACGUUAGCAGAUAAAGCCUGGACACCGGGACAACCCCAGAAACAAUCAUUUAAUGUUUUUGAAGGAUACAAAGAUGACUCGAGAUCACAUCCUGCGGACUCUCUAAAGCAGUGGAAAAAAAAUGUAGGAGUCAUAAAGGAAGAUACAUCGUAUUUUAGCAAAACUCUUGCCACUCUCAAUGCUUCACUGGAAGAAGCCUCUGGCAAGGGCCAACAAGAAAAUCCAACGUACUCUCCAUAUUCAUAUACAUUGCAACAGUGGAAGCCUAACUACCAUAGCAAUUUUCUCAGUAUGAACCCAAUGCUGACAAAUUAUGCUUCCCUCCACUCAAUGAGCAAGCUUGGGGAGAGAUGCAGCACAGACAAUGGGUGUUCUUUGCCUUACUUUGACUUUACUUCUGUAGAAAACCCUUGUAAGUUAUCUGUGGAACAGUUAGCAGCUGGUUCUCGGCAUGAGUUUGGAUCUGAGCUUCUGUUACAUGUAGACUCUCAUGGAUCUUCUACCAGUAGUAAGAGUGAUCAUCAUGGUAAACAAGGCCAUGAUGGAGACCAUGUUUUGAUUGAUAAUAUCAAAGUGUGCCAUGUUUAUUCACCAUCAGACUUGAAGGACCACAACCAAGAAGUUAUGAAAAAUGUUUCUGGUGGUAGUAACUGGGAGACUUUGCUUGGUACUACCAGUGACACCAUUGAUAAUAGUGUUGGAGGUCACAGGCAGAGUUUGUCGGCUGUGUUUGAGAUACCACUUGAUUUCAUCAUUGAAAAAUGUCUACUGCAGGAAAUCAUGCUUCAAUAUAAGUACAUCAGCAAGUUAACUAUCAAGUUGCUUGAAGAAGGAUUUGAUUUGCUGGAACAUUUGCUGGCACUGCGGCGGUACCAUUUUAUGGAAUUAGCAGACUGGGCAGAUUUGUUUAUCAAGUCACUUUGGCAUCAUAAGUGGUGUGUCACCGAGGCAGAUCAAAGGCUUUCAGAAAUUCAAGGUUUCCUUGAGGUGUCAGUUCAGAGGUCUUCAUGUGAGCGAGACCGUUAUAAGGAUAGGUUAUUUGUGUACAUGAAAGAACAUGGGACUAUGCCUCUUUCAACAUCUAUUGUUGGAGUGCAUUCCUUCAAUUUUUUAGGUUUGGGUUACCGUGUGGAUUGGCCAGUCAGUAUUGUUGUGACUCCAGAUGCAUUGCAAAUAUAUGCUAAAAUAUUCAGUUUUUUGAUACAAGUGAAGCUUGCCGUAUUUUCAUUAACUGAUGUUUGGUGCUCAUUGAAGGUGGAAAAUAGGAGCAUUUGGCUGUCAACAGCCCCAACUCCUGAUUUGGUGCAUUUGAUUAGUCAGAAUCGUACUUCUGAACAUCAUGGAAAAGAAGUGGGCCAUUUUAACAUAUUGAUGAAGUUAAGGCAUCAGGUCAAUCACUUUGUAUCUACGUUACAGCAAUACGUGGAGUCACAAUUAACUCAUGUAUCAUGGUGCAGGUUUCUUCGCUCACUUCAUAAUAAGGUCAAAGAUAUGUUGGAUCUUGAGUCAGUGCAUAUGGCUUACCUAAUGGAUUCAUUACACAUAUGUUUCCUUUCUGAUGAAACACGGAAUGUAGCCAGUAUAAUUGAAAACAUUUUGCAAUGUGCACUAGACUUCCGCUCUUGUCUUACUGGAGGAAUAUGGGAUAUUGGGAUGGAUCAAGGAGAUAUGUGGGGUAAUUUUUCUAGAAUCAAUAUAUCCCAGGUGCUUAACAUUAAGCGGAUAUUCGACAAAAAUCUGACUGAAUUGCGUCUUUGCUAUCUUAAGUCUCCUAAACAUGGGGAGUUUGGUCUUUCCCGUUUUUGGGCAAAUCUCAAUUUCAACGAGUAUUACUCACAUGUUGGUAAUGAAAUGGGGUAUUAUGCUCCCUCGGUGUAAACCUACCCGUCAUGCCGAUUGUGACGAGCACCAGAUCGGGAUCUAGGGGGGAUACGGACCAGUGCUUCGGAAUUGGUAAUUAGAGGUGUGCAUUCUCUAGGCAGUAUACUUUCAAAAUAUCAAGUUAGAUGCCUCAGUAGUGCCAUUCAACAUCAUCUAUUAUGUUGUUGGUCAAUGUCCAUGUGAGCCUGAAGAUUCCUGUAUCUUUUGGGUGGUUAUGCUAAAUCGUUCCCCAACCAUUUAGAAUUCUAAGUUAAGAAUUUUUUUCCUUCUCUUUUUCUGGGUUUUGGUGUCUUUUUUUUUUUUGUUUGUUUUUGGCUUGGGGUUUGCUUCCUAAUGGCCAAAACUAAUGAGCUUCUAGCUUUUUGUAUUAGGGAAAAGGUGAUGCAUACUAUUUGUGAGUCUGUAUGUAUGAGAGUGUCUGAGUUGUAUAGUUGAAAUGAUUAUUAUCGCUAUAAUUUCAAAAAGAAAAGUUCUUUGGCAUGA